UGUUUUCCAGAACAAUGUGCUAAUUUUAAUGUUUGAAGGAGGUUAUUUCUACAGUAUUUUUGUAUCGUGUGUGUGUGUGUGUGUGUGUGAGAGAGAGAGACUCCACCACACACAUUCCUUAACAGUUUCCACCCUGUCUCACACAGCCUCUGGGCAUGAUAAAACCGAGCUGGACGAGAGCCAUGUCAUUAUGAAAAGGGUAAUCAAAUGAUCGGCAGUGGGCCCAAAGGAAACUGAAGUCCAAACCCAGUGGUGAAAAACAACCUGUAGAAAGAAGCCGAAUCGUCAGAGCAAGCGAUUAAACCCUAAGGACUGUAAUCUGACUGGAUACCAGAAGAAGGAUUAAGACACCGGGAGUCUUGAGAGAAUCAGGACCUGAUAUUUUGCAGGUGCUGGGUUUGGGGAUUGACCCACUUUGGCUAUCUGAUGCAAGGGAUCUGGAUGCACCAGGACUAUCCCAAGAUUGAGGGUCACAGGGGCUACCUGUCUUCACCAGCCUGCAAGGCGGCGACAGAGAGCAGGGCGCUGAACCGGCGGAGCCCGGGAAUGAGCGAGUUCUGGCACAAGAUGGGCUGCUGCGUGGUGGCCAAACCCCCACCGAAGAAGAGGAGGAGGAAGAUUGACCGCAGCAUGAUCGGAGAGCCCACAAACUUUAUGCACCUCACACACAUUGGCUCUGGGGAGAUGGCAGAAGGUUUGCCGCCGUCAGGGUCAGUCCAGGAACAGAUGAGGUCCAAAGGACCCAGCACCAAUGGCAGAAGCAGCCUCUUAUAGCCAACAUAUGGACCAAUCCAGAGACUCGAUGUGAGUUCCUCAUUUUCCCCCUUCCUCGGACCCAGCCUCAAGCCAACCUGCAUGGACCAACUCUGCAUAUUGCACUUAGGCCCACAAUGACCACCGCAAAUGGCAGAAUAAAAAAACAAAGAUCUAAAACAAUGACUUUAUUUCCCAGAAUCCCUUUCAGCCUCCAUCACCAGUUUAAAAUGGGACAUGACUCCUGCCAUGAAGAGGGGAAAGUACCCUGGAUUCUCACUCAGCACUGGGGACUGGAUGGGAUUAUUUGUGGGCUUUUAGGUUGCUUUGAUUAAACAUAGGAGGUAUCAGCUACUGGCGGAUACGGAUUUUCCCAUUUUUGUCUCCGUCUCAAGCAAGGGAUUGUCCGAACAUUUCAUAUUUCUCUAACAAGACCGUCUCACAAGUGUGAUACUGAUCUUGCAAUAACGCAAACAAACAGGUCUUCUUUAUUCUUGACUCGGAAGUGGUGCAUUUGCCCUUUUAAAAGUGUUGUGCCUUUAACGAUUAUAAUGCCUUUAUAAGUAGUGCAUGGUGGAAAUUGAGCCCAUCUGUUUCCUGACAAGCACGCAUUUUUCAUAUGUAUUGCUAAAGUCCAGUGGCCAAAUUUAUAUUUUUUGUUUUUUGGAAGGGAAGUUCCUCAAUUGACAAGCAGGAUGUGGCAUCUACCUUGGCUCCACCCACUACAUGUCUGUAGUAGUUUGAGAUCCAAUCCUAGCAGCACUGUAGACAUCCAGGGGUGGGAGUGAUCACUUGUAGGCCUACAGUGCUAAUGUUUUGGCACUUUGCAUGUUUCACGUGGACAGUUCUUAGACAUCAUCUCACACAUUCCACCAUUAGUCACGGUCUUUCUUACAAACACGCCAAGUUUCUCAUAGACACCCCCUCGUGUACAUACUUCUACCUUCAGUGUUAUUGCCAAAGUUAUGCCUUUUAUAUAUUAGGUGUUUUUUGUUUUUUUACUACCAUGCAUGAUUUAACACCAGCCAAUCUGAACACUGGAUAGCAUUGGCAGGUAGCCUAGCCGUUAGGGAGUUGUGGCACUAACCCGGAAGGUUGCUAGUUUGAAUACCCAAGCCGACAAGGGGGAUCUUACCAAUAUGCCCUUGAGCAAGGCACUUAACCCAAAUUUGUUCCAGGGAUGCUGUACUACUAUGGCUGACCCUGUAAAAACAACACAUUUCUCUGCACCUAUCCGGUAUGUGACAUAACAUUUUAUUUAUAUUUUCAUUACCUUCUGUAGUGUCCCAUAGACUUGCUCUGUUGGUGUUUAAAGAAAAUGUGUGUGGUGUGCACAAUUCUACACUGAAUACUUAUAGAAUUGACCCAACCCCGAAUUCUCCUUUUUAUUUGGGGGGUGUAGUAGUCUUGUUGAGCAGUCCACUUCUAAGCAUUUGCAAGCUGAACGUAAGAUGCAGUAACUAAUCUCGAUCUCAAUUGGCUUUAUCUAAAAGCUCUCAGCCAGUUGGACUGUCAGUUCAGCAGGGUUAUGUCAACAAUGCCACAAAUUGAUCAAAAACCAUGGCAACUUGGCUUUGGGUCUCCUAUUGCACAGUGUUAGUCUUAGAAUUGGCCCCUGUCAUUCUAAGCUGAGACAUGCUCAUUAGCUUUUUAGCUAUUCUGAAAGGUAACCUUAUGGGCUUUCUGUUUCAAUGACAAUCUACAAUUCAGGUUAGAGGAAAUGGCAGAGCCUAUAAUACUGCAGAGAAAGUGAUGGCUGAUUUUAUUUUUAUUUUUUUGUUAUACGAAAAAUAACAGGUCACAAGUUGUCUUGACUCAUGACCGCUAAAUGGACCAACUGUUGUCAUAUUCUAUUUAGAUGCCUACUACAGUUCAAAUGCUUGCAGUAUGAGUGAGUUUGCAUAGAAAUUAUUAUAAUUAUUUGUUUUUAAUGUUUUACGACUGCCCUUAUUUUUAUCAGCUUUGAAGACAGAUUUUUUUAAAGUUCUUUGUUAACGUUUUGUUUCAUAUGCUUAAGAUUUCUAAUCUCAGACGGUAGAGAUUCCAGGAUGCAAUGCACCUACUUUUCAGUCUCUGUGUUAAAUGUUGCAGUCUUUUCCUGGGUCUCCCUCUUUGCUCUGUUUUUAAUUGGUCAUGUGUUACACAGUCCUCCUAUGAGAACGUUGGUGUACAGAUGUGUGAGAGGAGAGUAAGUGUUUCGCAAACCUUUGAGUGUUUUCACGGCUUCUGGCCUUUUUCCCCUCCUGAAAAUAUAGUCAAUAUUUUAUGUA